AAAAAGCAAACCACAAAAGCUGCAGAACAGGGCAGCAAGAGUUACACAGCGAAUUCAAGAUGGAAGGGUCCAAGAAGGUGACAGCUGUGCUUUUGGUGUUUAUGUUUGUGUCUCGUCAAGGCAACUGUAAACCCAAUGACUUGCAGUGUCGAUUCCCCAAGCAGAGACCACUGAAUUCAAGAUGGGAGAGUCCAAGAAGGUUACAGCUGUGCUUUUGGUGUUUCUGUUCGUGUGUCCUCAAGGCACCUCGGCAGUCGAUGGUUGGGACAUUUUGAAGGGCGCUGCUAUAGGAGGUGUGUCUGUAGCUGCAGCUCCCCUGGCACUCGGUGCGCUUGGUUUUACCACCGGUGGAGUUGCCGCUGGAUCCGUCGCAGCUGCUAUCCAGUCCAGCGUGUACGGAGGUACGGUGACAGCCGGGAGUUUGUUCGCUACGGCACAAUCUGUAGGGGCUGUUGGAGUCACAACAAGCGCCGUCGUCUUAGGUGCAGUUGCUGGCGCCGCCAAGAAAGCAUCGGAUGACUCAGACUGAUUUUAGAUGCUAGACAUCAAUAUGUUGUUGCCAGACAUACAAGUAUACACCACAACAUUUUGCACCACACAAAUAUACACUCUGAAUGAUGCUAGAAUGUAUUCUGCCAUUGUAACAGAUACAUGCAGGGACUCAUAUAUUGGUGAAACACAACAGCUACUAAGUAACCGUGUUAAACAACAUCAAACACCGGCACCUAGUGGCUUUGAUUCUGCUGCCUUCCAACAUAUAUGUAAUUCAGGUCACAGUUUUAAUGGGUAUAACGUAAAUAUUUUAUCUAAGGAGCCCCACUGGUUUGAGAGAAGGGUUAAGGAAGCCAUUUUCGUCAAGGUUUAAAAUCCCACCCUAAACUGCAAUGGAGGACCCAGGUUUAACUUAUCACAUCUGGGACAUAGUAUCGAAAAAAUGUUAAUUAGCUCGUGUAAAUGUACCUCAACAUGGUAAAAUUUGUUCACUCGUGUAAAACUGUACUAUAUUCAAAUUCUGUCACUAUAUACCAGGUCCAGUUGUCGCCGCAACGUCAGUAAAUAUUAUACAUUGUCCAGAAGAAGAGUUUUAUAGUGUUAUUUUUUAUAGUUUACUUACCUGGAUGCCUGAAAACCUUCAUUCCUAAACAUCAAACAUAUUGUGAUGGUGUAAAUUGCAUGAGAGAUAAUUGCAGUGAG